AUGUGCCAGCCCCAGCCCUGGCCACUGCUGGCCCUGCUGCUCCUGCUCUCCUGCCUGUGGGCCACUACCAGUGCUGUACGGAGCCAGAUCGUGGGCGGCCAUGAGGCUCAGCCCCACUCCCACCCUUACAUGGCAUACCUGAAGAUAGGGUCCAUGGCUUGCGGAGGCUUCCUGGUGGCCCCUGACUGGGUGAUGACAGCCGCACACUGCUUGGGGAACAUCACAGUCAUCCUGGGGGCUCACAACGUCAAUGAACCAGAAAUGACGCAGCAGGUCCGGGGAGUGCUCAGAUACCACCAGCACCCAGCAUACGACCCCAACACCGUGUCCAAUGACAUCAUGCUGCUCAAGCUGACAGCAAAGGCCACUCUCAAUGACUAUGUCAAGACCAUCCCGCUGCCCAAGACCAACAGCGACCUCCCCACGGGCACCAAGUGUGGCAUUGCCGGCUGGGGCCUGAUCGAUGACAACCAGGCGACCAACAAGCUCUUUGAAACCAAAGUCUCCAUCUACAGCCGCAGGAAAUGCAUCCUCUUCUACCCACACCUCAGCACUGGCAUGGUCUGUGCCGGCAGCUUCCACCAGCUCAGGGACUCCAGCCAGGGAGAUUCUGGUGGGCCCCUGGUCUGCAAUAAGGUGGCACAAGGCAUCGUUUCCUUUGGGUAUGACGCCCCACCUGGGGUCUACACCCGCAUCUCCAACUACCUGCCCUGGAUCAGAAAAAUCCUGAAGUAG